AGAUUGCUUGAUAAUGUAGAAUCCACCGAGAGUACGACAGAGAGAGACUGUAUAGCAAUAUAGAAAAGGGCUCGAAAACACCAACAGCCAUCAAAGUUCCAGUCCUCUGGGAUCAUGGGCCGUUCUGUCAAGCUGUCCAUGCUACUGUCACUCUUGUUCUUUUUUACAGAUUACCUCCAGGCUGAAGAAAUCGAAGGGACAGAGGGCAAGAAUAUCACUAUCCGGUUCACAUUUAAAGGAAAUCUCAACAACAAUUUUACUUUCACGUAUGCCAAUCUGCAUAAGAAUUGGGCAAAGAUAGAAGAGUCUAACAAAAUGCCAGAGGACAACAGGCGUAACUUCAGCCUCAUUUCCCGUGAACCCAUUCUCUAUGGCCUGAGGAUCUCCAACCUGAGUACUACUGAUGCAGGAGAGUACUAUGUCUCUCUGUUCUACAAAGAACCAGCUGUGAAGCUUAUUGAAAGCAAGAAAACAAUUCUUAGGGUCCACGUUGAAGAGCACAUCACAGUGACUCCUCCCACUUCUAAUCACACAGAGAGUGCCCCUUCCGAACGCACUUCAUCUGGAUCCCUUGUAUACAUCAUCACUGGGAUUGUGGUCAUCAUGAUGAUUCUGUCCUCUGUGUUGCUAGGGUGGCAAUAUUUGAUGCAUAAUAAAAGCACAGAUUGUCAGCUUCCACACCAAGAGCAAUGUACGCAGGGCACCGGUGCCAAGUGUCAGGUAGAGCAGGAGGGAUCCAGCUCUGUAGAAUACAAUGUUCUGGAUUUUCACAGAAGGCCUGGGGGGAAGGAAGGAGACAGGAGGAGCUCUCCACCACCACAGCCCCAGGACAGCGUGGAGUACUCCACCAUCACCUUCUUCCAGGGGCCACACAGAACAGGGCCCGCAGCGCACCCAGCAAGGGGGCAGUAGCGCAGGCCACCAACAUCGGAAACUGCCAUAGAAUGACGUCCGCAGAGCCGGGCCGAAUGGCGAGGAACCCGAACACCGUGGAGCUGAACACUAACACCAAGCUCAGUGCGGCCAGUGCAGUGCACUUCACCCCAUCGGGGUUCCCUGCACGGCUGUCACCCUCAUUUAUCUCCAUAUAAGGGUCACCUGUGCACGCUCAGGCUCAACACUAUCCAUCAUCAGAGAAACAGAGUUAUAAAAUUGACACUGUACAGCUGGCCCAAUGGUUCUUUCAAGAUGAUCCAGCUCCUUUUCUGGACAAAUUUUACAAGAAAAAAAAAAGGCUUCCUUGGCUCAGAGAAGCUUUGUGCACUCAGACCCUUGCUUUUUAAAGUCUCCCUUCAUUUUUCUCCCCCACUCAAUUUUUGACACAUUGCUGAAGAAACAUUGCACAUUGUGUAACUGAACACUGGCAGGGUGGACAAGGAGGCACCCUAAUUUACACCCUCAGCAUGCUGGCAGAUGUUGGCAAAAGGGUGCAAUGCUUUGAUUAGGAGUGCUCACAUGAAUGUACAGCCACUGAGAGCAGCACACACAUUGAGUUCAACCUUACAGUAAAACGCUCAGGCCAAUGUUACAACCAAAUACAGCUAAAACAUGCCACAAGUAAAUCUCUUUCUUCAUAGUUACAGUGCCCUCUUGAGUAGAGAGAAUGUAUUACUACGUUGACUAAAAGGUCCAGAAAGCUGAAAUCCGAAUUCUUUGUUAAUGUGUUGUUUUAAUGUUUUUUUUUUCUUUCACAAAUGACCGAGAAAUUUUUGUUUUAAAAUGAUUAAUGAAAAAAAAUGUAGAAAAGCCAGGCCUGAAAUUGGCUUGUUUUCCCUCUUGGCUAAACAUCAAGUGUUCAAUAGCCGGAUUUAACCGGAUACAAUGUAUGUCACUAAAACGUGUGAAAUCCUUUCUAACAUCCUUUCUUCCUUGUAACAUGUCAAUGAUGCUCUUACCACUCUUACCACCGCAGGCAAGCUAAGUUGAAAAUGCCUAAGCAUCGUGCCUUCACUGGACACAGGAAAACCAAUAUGCUUUUUUCUCUUCCAAAAAAUGAAGUUAAUAAUUGUACUGCAAAUUUUCCUGAGGAGGACUUCACCAACUAUCUACAAAAAAUGUAGCUUUGCUAAAAAGCUAGUGCAUGGUGCAGUGCCUUCUCUCCCUCCCUCCCUGUUGUUGCUAGUGUGACAUUCAUCUCCUAGUGGUCGCAGAACAGACACGUGAUGGAUCGGUAAGUAGGCCUACCAUUAGCUAGCAAUAAUGAAAUAGCUUUCAAGCUUAGAUAUAUGGAAUUAAAGCCUUUCUUUAUUCGGGUGUAAUGCCCGGAGUUUGAGACUGCUUUCAAAACUAAUGUUAGUGUACACUAACAUUAGUUUUGAAAGCAGUCUCAAACUCCGUAUUACAGCGCUAUUACAUACUGAAUGACCUGCAGGUUUAAAUAUACGAUGGUGAAGCCUAGCUUAUGUUGAUUUCUUUCGUGUUGUCGGGUAGUCUGUUACAGCACUGCUCAACCUGCUCAAUGCAGUAAUAAAUUAGCUGGGUAUUAUGCAAUGUAUCACUGCCUUAAAUGACGAUAAGUAUUACUGUAACACGUUGUUUUAUUAUAUUUAUUCAUAAAAACGAGUACAAAUAAAUAUUGUAUCCUUCUUCAA